AUGAGUCAACUUACCAAUGAAUCGAAUAAAGACGAGGGUAUUUCCAAGUUAGAAAUUUCCGGCAUUUAUCCAUUUCGCUGUGAACUACUCAAGACCCUCGCAUUAAAUAUCGUAAAAAACGAACCAGAAAUCGCUCCUUACGUGGCCAUACGUUUCAUCGAAUCUGUACUGAAAAAAUCUUUUACUCGUACAACCAAGUGCAUGCGCAGUAAAAACGUCGAAACUCUAGGAAUCGAAGGAAUGAAACCGAAGCCUAUACUUAAACAAAAUUUGUCUCAAUUGAGUGGAGCCUCCUUUAUAGCCGACGACCUAGAAAAGACUCUUCGGAUUGGAUCUCGCCCUCAAACCCUACCAACAGCAGAUAAUGCCUCCAGUAAAAAACAGAAGACAGAUAAUAAGUGA